UGGGCAUUUGGCGUGACGAUGUGGGAGAUAAUGACUCGUGGUCAAACUCCGUACCCCGGCGUGGAGAACUCUGAGAUCUACGAGUAUCUGAUUAAAGGAGAACGACUGAAGAAACCUCCAGACUGCAGAGACGACAUUUAUGAGAUCAUGCACAGCUGCUGGAGUCCCGUUCCUAAAUGUCGUCCCAGUUUCCAGCGUCUGGUAGUCCAGCUGGAGGCGCAGUGGCUCAGCUUGUCCCCCGCCUCCCCGCAGAAGGAGCCUCUGCUGUAUGUCAACCUGGAGGGGGACGAGGGGGAACUGAGUCGAGGGGGAGGACGAGGAGGAGCGGUCGGGGCCCCGGGGGUGGCGGAGGAAGCAGCAGCAGCCGGGAGUCCGAGCUGGAGCGUCCCCUGGCAGCGGAGGGCGGAUGACGAGGAGAAGGACUGGCUGAUGGUGGGGUCCGGGGCCGCACUCGCCAUCGGAGGAGACUACAGGUACAUCAUCGGCCCCUGUGGAGGCCCAGAGGAGGAGGAAGUGGAGGGGGAGGAGGAUGUGGAGGGGGGAGGCGCAGGGAGGAGGGAGGAGGUCAGAGACGAAGAGGACGAUGUCGUCAUUAAUGUCUGACCAAUCCCAGUGCUCCUCUCACCUGAUUGGACCUGAGCUCGUCAGUCAGCUGAUCAGAGACGCUGGAUUUACAGCACUGAGCAGCAGCAGGCGGGUGGAGACUCGCUGGAGGUAGGCUGGUUCCCGUCUGGCUGUGACUGUUAGCCUAGCUUAGCACAAAGACUGAAAGCAGAGGGAAAGUUAGCCUCUGUUCCAUUAUUGUAUUUAACAGGAAGUGAAUAAGUCCGUAACUGUUCACGAACCUGAAGGUGGAUUAUUAGCAUUAUUAGCAUUGAACUUGUAAAAUAUAAUUUGGACACUUUAGGGUGAAACAAUUUAAAACAAUAAGUUUAAUUCAAAUUCACUGACAACAAUUUAAAAUCAUCUAAAGUCAUUAGUUCUGGUGUCAGUGAGCUGAUAUUUAUUGGAUUAUUUUACAGACUAAUCCAGUAAAUUGGUAAUCAAUAACCUGUCCAUCGUUCAGAUUCAUUUCACUAAAUGAAAUAGACAGUGAACGUGUGAAUGAAACCACUUUAAACAUCCGUUUCAUUGUUUUUAUGUUUGUUCUGUUUUUUUACUGGAAGGCUGCAGAGGAAACUGGUCCUUCAAAAUAAAAGCUUUCAACCUUUUAUUAAACUUUUCAUCAACUGUAACAACCACACUGGAACCAAUAAUCAGUGAUAUUAACUCAUCUGUGCUCUCUGCUGGACAAACAUUUCUUCAGUGUCCAUCAUUUCUUCAUUUAUAGAAACAGGAGAGCAGACCGCUGUGUCAAGCCCUGCCCCCUUUCAGGCGCUCAGGAGUCUUUAAUGUCAUAAAUUAAGAAUAUUGACAUUUAUCUAUUAUAAAUCCUCUGUGCAGUCAGUAAACAACGCUGUUGUGUUGUUGUAGUUGUAAAUAAACAUAGUGGUUGAUGAGUGUCCUUUUAUCUUUACUUCCUGUUACUUUCUGCUG